AUGUCCCUUCUUAUACUCCCUACAACACUCCCGAUCCCCCUCAGGAACCCUCUUCUCCCGAGUCCAGCUCUCCCGCGAAACAUACCGAAACGGCUUCCCCUUAUCCAACCUAGGAACCUCGACCUCAACCUCGAUCCCGCUCCUCCGCAGCCGCCGACGUCCACGAUCCUCGAUCAACCCACUCACCCGCCGCUGCCCCAACGACUCGUACUUCCGCAGCAACCCGACGUACUUCACCCAGCAAUCCGCCAGCACCUCGGAGCUGAACUUGAUAUCGUCCGCUUCGAGCGCCAUCUCCGCGAUGCGUCGAGUCCAGUCACACUCCCGCUGGUGGCCCCGCUGGCGCUCACAGGACCGCCCGUGCGCGGCAUCGUGACGCCGGCGUUCGCGAUCUACUCGCAGCCGCGCUUUUUCGAGUUCGGACUCCGCGUGGAGGAGGAUCCCGCCAAUGUCGACGAGUUCAGAGAUCGCGAAGCGGAGGUCGACGGAUUCGAGGGCGUGGAAGUCUGGGGUCCGGUCGAAGACGCGGAUUGUGCGCCAGCGGGGACGGGGGGAGGUGUAGGGGUAGUGUGGUGA